UUCAAACUGAUCCUCAGAUCUCAGCCUCCUGAGUGGCCAGGGUUAUAAGCAUGAGACACCAGGUUCUUAAAACUUUUCAUUAGGAUCUUGUACUUGUAGCUACCUAGUGGCCUGUGACAUUCUUAUUUGCAGAAGAAACCUGGAUGAUUUAUAUAACAAGCAACCUAUUGAGAACACAAAAGUGAAGCAUCUGAAUGAAGCACCAAGUAUGUACACUAAAUUCAGUUAUUGUGAGCUAUGCCUUUCAUCUUAGCUUGCUUACUGUUAGGACUGUUGGUGGAAUCCAACUUCAUACUAAUCUACUUAAUUCUUCCUAUUAUCUGCAGAUAUGUACAGACCAUGUGGACACAAAAUUGAGUUUUGUCAUAACAGAAAUGCACAUAAGAAGUGCAUUAUUGGAAAUGUAUGUGGUCUAGGGACUUCUGCAAUCAAAAUUCAUCUUGAAUUAUUCUGUUCUACUUGUUUUAUCCACCCUGUGCCUUCAGACUUCAGUACCACAGGAUUUCUUUACUACUGGAAUUUCAGGAUAUGAAGAUGGCAAAUCCAGGUAAAAUUAAACAGAAGAUAUUAAAAGCAAAAAAAACAAUGCCUGUAAGUUGCCGGAAGCAAAUAGAGAUCCUGAAUAAGUCAAGAAAUAUUGACACUCUGAAGACAACUAUGGGGAGUAAUGGUCCAAGUGGUGAUCAGAAUGUAAAUACUGUGGUUAUAAAUAGCAAAUACAGACAUUGUGCACAUGGUAGUUUCUCAUUGGAUUCUAACAAAAAAUUAGUAUUUUCACAGAAAAAUGUUGUACACCCUAAAAGUAUACAACCAUUAGAAGAAAUGACUGAUUCAGAAAUGAGAUUGGAAAAUGUUGAUGCCCAAGUUACUUGUCUGUAUCAAAAGCCAAGAAAAGCAAUAGAUUCUCUCAGCAAAUUAUCUGUACAGGAGACAAAAGAUUCACAGGAAAUGCCUGAAACUCAUUGUAAAUACCAGGCAAAUGGAACAAAAUCCAUCUUUGAAUAUGAAGAGAAUUAUAAUAAAAGAUCUACUGCUGUAUUGAGUGGUGUUGUUCAAAACACCUUGGAGAGUGAGAGAAAUGAUAAAAUUAUUUCCAAUUUAAAAAGAAACUCCAAAUCAAAGUCUCAUGAGAAAAGACAAACUGGCAUUUUAAGUGUAGAUUCCUGUUUUGUGCCUGCUGAGGAAACGCCUAAUCUGGUCAAUUCAGUCAGCACCAGCAACUAUGCUGCUACCAACUUGAAAACUGAGGAACCCUGUAAACCCCAUCCUGUCAGCAAUUCAGAUUGUAAAUGUGCAGACUCCAAGCAGCACGCAUCACUUGACACUGUUUGUACUAACAGCCAUAAUCAAAAGAAGAGGAUGUUUUCAGAAAACAAAGAAAAUGUGAAGCACAUGAAAACUUCAGAGCCAAUUAAUGGAAAUGCUUGUGUGGCUCUGGAAAAGCAAACAGCAAUACUAGAACUGGAGAAAAUAUCACGAUUAAAAAGACAUAUUAAAACAAUAUUAUGUCAAAUAAAUUGUCUGGAACCAGAGUCUUUGUCCAGUAAUACAGCACAUACGACUUCAAAUGCAGACACCAUGACUUUGGGUAAGAAUCAGAAGUCAGUUGAUGAUCCAAAUGAAGGAACAACAACUUCCGUGAACUGUGCACCUGUUAAAGCAAGUGGAACGAUGAGUUCAUCACCAGAUUAUAUUGAAUUUGUUCCCAAAAGUAACAAUGACGUUACAUUGAUUUCUGUGGAGAGUCCUAAUUUAACAACUCCAGUUACAUCAGAUCCAACAGAUAUUACUAAAAUUACAUCAGACAAUUCCAGCAACUCAUCUAAUGAUGAAAUUCAAGUUAGGGCUGUGAAGAAGAGGAAGCUUGGUUUUGUUAUUGACUUGACAACAGAAGACCUGUUCAGCACCAACACAGAAAUUCCAGCAGUCACCGUGGAGUCUUCUCACAAACCAGUUUCAAACUCAGAAGAAAACGCACCAGUGGCCACAAAUGGAACCGAGAGUGUUGAUUCCUUUGAGCACCUGCCACCUCUCCCAGAAGCACCACUACCACUCCCUGAGCUGGUGGACAAGAGCCGCGACACACUUCCUCCCCAAAAGGCUGAGCUGAAGGUGAAGUGGGUGCUGAGACCCCUGGGCAUUGCCCUGACCUGGAAUAUCAGCAAGAUCAACCCCAAGUGUGCUCCCGUGGAGAGCUACCACCUCUUCCUGUGCCAUGAGAACGCCAAUAGUCAGCUGAAUUGGAAGAAAAUUGGAGAAAUUAAAGCUUUACCUCUCCCAAUGGCCUGCACUUUAUCUCAGUUUUUUGUUUCCAAAAAAUACUACUUUACUGUGCAGUCAAAAGAUAUUUUUGGGCGAUAUGGACCAUUUUGUGAUAUAAAAUGCAUUUCUGGGCUUUCUAAAACCCUUAAAAGUCUUUAGGCUGUGUAUUCCAUGUUGUUUCGUUUGCUCAUAUUUGUUUACAAUGUUGCUUUGACACUGCUCGCUAUUUUGCAGGGCCAGUUCAGACCGAACCCUUUUAUGGAGGUAGUUUUCCUACCCAUAUUGUAAGUGACUUGUAGUUUCAUGAACUUCUAAUUUACAUCCAGUAUGUUUUACAGUGUAUAUGUUCUCAAGCAUCCAUGAUCGUGAACCAUGUUGCUAAGGUAUAUUCUUCUGCUUAUGUGACCUGAUU